UCAAAUCUUGCGUCGUAAAAAAUGGUGUUCAUGUUGUCAUCGCUUGAGCAAAGUGCGAAAACAGUGGCAUCGUUUAUUUCAUUUUUAUAACUAAGUGCACAAAAUCUCUUAAAGUUACAAUAAUUCUCCUAAUUGUGUAGUUUCCAAAGUUUGACAACAUUUAAAGUGAAUCCUGUGUGAAAUGCCGCCGGUGAAAAAUGAAGGCGAAAGCGACGCGGACGGAGACAUGUCCGGUGCUGAAUCCGAUCAUUCCGCGUCCAGCCGAGCCCCGGAUCACGAUUCCAGCGCGGAGGAAGCGGAUGAACCGGAUUCCGAUGAUUCCUCGGAAAUGAGCGAGAGCGAGUGCGAAAGGAGGCGAUCCGACUGUCUCGACAAUCUAACCCAUCUGGAAAAGCAAUUUACGAUACUGAAGGAGCAAUUAUACAAGGAAAAACUAAACCAAGUCGACCAACAGCUAUUGGAGAUUCGUGGUGGACGGUCACAGGAAUAUCUUGCGCCGCUGCAGCGAUUAGUUGACAACAUGAACAGCCGGAAGGAGGUAGCGGAGAUUUUGAAAAACUUCCGGAUAGAAAACAUUCGCCAUAAGUUCGAAUCGGAGCUGCAAGCCUCUAGGCAGCAUUUUGAGAGUGAAAAGCACCUUGCCAUGGAUUCCCUCAGAGAGGAACUGAUGGAGACGAUCCGACGACUCGAGGAAGACCGCCAUAAUGUUGACAUCUCGUGGGCGGACUGGGGAACCAGUACGCGCACCUCGAAGGUGCGCGGCCCCGGCCGGAGAAAGGCAGUGACCGUUUCCGGUCCGUACAUUGUUUAUAUGCUGCGCGAAGAAGACAUCCUCGAAGACUGGACCUCGAUUAGAAAGGCACUGAAAAGAUCCACGGCGGCAGCUACCUGAUAUUUAGUCUAGGGUUAAGAUCAUCACGUUCGUCUUCGUAUUAGUAGGAGAUCUAAUAUAAAUGAAUGUUCAAUUGUGUUUAAGAUUUAAAAUAUUUUAGUUCCAUUGCAUAGGAGUAUGUCUCUUAUAACGAUGAUGUGAAUGAUAUUUUUCGUUUCUGUAAUGUACAUCGACGAGUUUGUAUUGCUUUUUGAAUGUGGCAAUAAAAUGAGUAAAUUUAAGCUAACGAA